CCCGCCGGCUGGGAUCCACUCACGCAACGCCGCGAAAUUCGGUACUGUUUUUCGAAGUACAUCGAACGAGAACUUUAAGAAUUAUCGCGAGAUAUUGAGCAUUGUUAUAGGACUGGUAUGUGUUCAAUAAGGAUUAGAGAGGCGAUAGCUGGGGGAGGGGUGGUCGGCCAGUGAUGUCCGUCGAGCGAUGCGGCCGGUGGUCAUCGCCGCAUGUUUGCUGCUGCUAGCGCCCAUCACCGACUCCUGGUGGGCGUCCGGCAGCGCAGUGAUUCUCGACCCGCGAAUGGUUUGCAAGAAAAAUCGCCGAACGAAAGGACGUUUGGCGCAAAUUUGCAAAAACGAAACGGGUUUGUUGAAGGAAAUCACGAAGGGCGUUACGCUCGGGGCAACGGAGUGCGCCUUUCAGUUUAGAAACCGUCGGUGGAACUGCACCACACAGAGACGCAGCAUGAGGAAAAUAUUAUUGAGAGAUACUCGAGAAACGGGCUUCGUGAAUGCGAUCACCGCCGCUGGGGUGACAUACGCCAUCACACGAGCCUGCACUGCGGGAGCCUUGCUAGAGUGUUCUUGUGAAAAGGAAGUACCCAAACCACGUCGUGGAAAGGUUACGCCGGUACCCAUUCCUCCUUCCCCGGUGGAAACGGAGCGAUGGCAAUGGGGAGGCUGCAGUGAUAACAUACGCUUCGGCCUGAUGAAGUCCAGGGAAUUUAUGGACAGUCGUUACAAAAAACGAAGUGAUAACAUAAAGACUUUGAUAAAACUCCACAACCAUAACGCUGGGAGGUUGGCGAUCAAAAAUAACAUGAGGGUAGAAUGCAAAUGUCAUGGACUGUCAGGUUCAUGUACUCUCCGCACCUGCUGGUGGAGAAUGCCUGCUUUUAGGGAAAUUGGAAAUCGACUCCGUGACAGAUUUGAAGGAGCUUCAAAGGUAAUAUCGAACAACAAUGGGGAAGGUUUUAUGCCAGAGAGUCCCAACCUAAAGAGUCCUGGCAAGAAAGAUAUAAUUUACUCCGAGGAAUCGCCAGAUUUUUGUACACCUAACAUGAAGACUGGAUCUUUAGGUACAGAAGGUCGUCAGUGCAACAUCAGUUCUGCCGGAACGGAUAGCUGUGACCAACUUUGUUGCAGACGAGGCUACAAACAAACUACAGUAAAAGAGUCAGAAAACUGUAAUUGCCAAUUUAAAUGGUGUUGCGAAGUAAUUUGUCAAACUUGUUACAUUAAGCGAGAUAUACAAACGUGCCUAUAA